AUGUUUACUUGCAGAGAUAUAAUACGUCAACUUUCUCAGACGAAAAAAGUUGCUGUUACAGCCACAACAGGAAUGGCAAGCCUACAAUUGGGCUUCCAGGCUACAACUCUUCACCACUGGGCCGGUAUCGGAGAUGGGCGUUACUCUUGUGAUGAUCUGAAGGACCUUCUGGAUAACGAUGACAAGUUUGUCUCUGCAAGAUCCAGAAUUGCAUCAGCUCAAUGCUUAAUAAUUGACGAGAUUAGCAUGCUUUCGCGGAGAACGUUUGAGAUGUUGGAAUUUGUUUGCCGGCACGUUAAACAGAAUAAUCUUUGUUUUGGUGGUUUACAGGUGAUUGGAUGUGGCGAUUUUAAGCAGCUGCCACCCGUCCCAAACAAGUUCCUAAAUGAUGAAGGGGAGUACUGCUUCUCCAGCCCAAUAUUUGAUAUUGCUUUUCCUCACCAUGUACAUCUCACUAAGGUAGUAAGACAACAUGAGGAAGACCUGGCCAAAGCUGUAGAAGAAUUAUGUGACGGCUCGCCUUCAAGUGCAACAAUUGACCUGCUAAGGAAUUUAAAUAAAGCCACAGAUACUGUUGACCAACAAAAAACAAUGCUUUUCGGUACAAAUUUUGACGCCCGGUACAUGAAUGUGCAAAUGCUGGAUGAAUUACAGGGAGAUAGCCAAGUUUUUAAAGCAGUCGACGAAGUCCCCAAAACGCUUAACUCAAGGAAAGGGGCCCCCUGUCAAAUUUUUAUCAAAAAUUUUUGCCCGGUGGUUUUUUCAACGGGGGAGAGGAACCGUUCAAGACUGUCAGAAGGUAAACCACCGAUUAUCAACAUAAAUGGAAACCUGCAUGAAAUGAAAGCGGAACGAUUUGAAAUAUACGAUGCAAAUCAGAAAAAAAUAUUAGCAUCUCGGACACAAGUACCACUUAUUUUAGCAUUUGCGAUGACUGUACAUCGAGCCCAGGGACAAACAAUCGAAAAUUUAGAAGUCGAUUGCUCUACUUUUUUUGCACCAGGGCAGCUCGGAGUGGCAAUAGGCAGAGCCGUGAGUAAAAGUGGACUGUGCGUAAGAAAUUUUAAUAAAGAUGCUGCAUUUUUGAAGCACCCAACUUGUGUUUAUGACUUCUAUAAAAAAACGUUUAAGUCUAUAGAAACCGAUACAGGUUGUUGCUCUGGAAAUUUAGAUAAUUUAGAUGAUAUCAUUGACUAUCCUGUAGACAUGGUGGAAGAUAGUGUAAAUACCACGGAAACGGAAGUGACAGAGGAUGACGCAGUACAACUUCCUCGCUUAAAAUGUCCCUUUAAUGUAAACGAAUUUGUUACUGAAAACUGUUCAAGUAAAUUUGUACAACUUUUAACACCAGAGUUCGUUUCUAGUGAGAAGUUUAAAUCUCACUUAGAAUAUCUUUAUUUUAGAGUAAAUGAAUGCGUACAAGACGAUACUAGCACAAACACUGAUUGGAUGCGGUCUUACAAAAGUUUGAACACUUUUUUGGUUACUGAGGAACAUCUAAAAAGUAUAUGUUAUUUAUUCGAUGUCAAGCCUAUUUCUAAAAUUCAGAACAAAAUGUCAUCUAAACUUUCAAUGUGGAUAAUGGACAAGCUGAUAGAAGUAAAAGUUUCAGCAACACUCUCAAAACCAAUGAAAACAUCAGAUCUAUCUACUUCUGUUCUAGAAACCUCAGUCUCUCAAUCUAGCACAUCGGAUACAUCAACGUCUAUGUCUAAAACAUCAUCUUCAAACGAUCAACACUUAACAGAAGCUGGAUUGUCAAAACUACGUUACAUUGCUGGGGUUUGUGUACACAAAAUAAGACACAGGUUAAAGGAAACUGUUGACAGAAAUCUCGGUAAGCAAAGUAAAAAAAGUAAACUUGCAACAAGAUUAAGCUAUAAAAAGAGGAAAAUGCUGGAACUGUUUUCUGUGUCCGAAGAUCAAGUUGAUCCAAAUGACCCGACUAUGUUAGAAAUAGAAUACAAACAAAAUAAAACUCGAGGUCUUACAAUUGUAAAUGAUACAGUGUUUGAUUUUUUUAUCAAACUUCACAAUGCCUUACAAGCUUUAAUGUCUGUAGAAACUAUGCAUAAAAACUUAGAAGACAUUCAUAAUAUUUGCAGGAACUCUAUAGAUAACAAUACUGACCUUCUGUCUUGUUGGAUAAGUUUAUUCUGUUUGGAAUAUGAAGAGAAUUUCGAAGACGAAAUUGUACUUGAUUUAAUGACGGACUUAUAUAAAGACGUCACUGAACACUUCCUACCGCUCUCUUUUGUUGAUAGUUUGAAAAAAUUCAAAGCUUCCAUACCAAGGAAAAAACGACAGGCUCUACGAACAAAAAUUCAAGCUUUGGGAGAGAGAAGUGGUAAAAAAAGACAAGCAACUGGUCAAUCUUGUGUAAAAAAUAAGUCAAUGAGAAAGAAGACAAAUAGUAAAAAAGAUAAACAAGUGCAGGACUCCGAUCUGUUGACAGAAGAUGAGCCAGUGUAUGUUUGCCCUGUGUGUGACAAUAUUUGUGAGGAGGAACCUUUAGAUCAAGAGGGCGAGAGUAUAGGGUGCGAUAAGUGUAACUUAUGGUUCCACUACGGAUGUGUAAACUUGACUGGAAAUGAACAGUUUUUAAAAGAAAGUAACAGUAACUGGUAUUGCCAACCGUGUUCUCAAAUGGGGAGGAGUAAGGGGAAAGGGAAGGGGAAAGGGAAAUCGUCAAGAAAAUAAUUAAAUAAAAAGAAUUGAAAUAAUUGUAAAAUGUUUUCCUUGCUUGCUGACAUGAUAAAAAUGUUCUAGUAAACUUGG